UUGUCUGUGGAUAUUAGAAAGUUGGCUGAAUACAGAAAAGUAAUUAUUUGAAAACAGCUGUCGUCUAAGGUUUUUUUUCAUUUUCUUUACUUUCAUUCUGCCCGCAUCUUUCACCCCAAGUAUGGUGUUUUAUGGUGGGAUGGUUUAAAGUUUAACUACUUUGUGACGAUCACACAUCGAGACCUUGAGUGAGCCUUUUACCGUUCAACUCCUGCAGACCGUGGCACAGCGUGCAGCCUUCUGCUGAGACCCCGAGAGGAACUGAAGAACAAAAAUGAAAAAGAAGACAAUUAUUGUGGCGCUGACAAUACUGCUGCUGGCAGCAGCUGCUACUUUUGUGGGCGUCUACUUUGGUGUGGGGAGAAGGGAGACAGGAAGUGAGAGGGGGUACUCUAAGGCAGCUGUGGCAGCAGACGCUGGACCAUGUUCAGAGAUCGGGAGGGACAUGCUGCUGAGAGGGGGCUCUGCUGUAGAUGCUGCUAUAGCUGCUUUUUUGUGUGCUGGACUGAUGAAUGCUCAUAGUACUGGCAUUGGAGGAGGACAGCUCUUCACCAUCUAUAAUGCAAAGACUGGGAGAGUUGAGAUCAUUGAGGCCAGGGAGACGGCGCCACGCAAUGCAACAGAAAACAUGUUUGGGAACAGUACAGAUCUAUCCCAGAAAGGAGGGUUGGCGAUUGCUGUGCCAGGGGAGAUUCGAGGUUACCAGUUGGCACACCAGCGACAUGGAAAACUGCCUUGGAAAGAUUUGUUUAUGCCAAGCAUUGAACUUGCAGAGAAAGGAUUUCCUUUGGGAAAGGCACUUGCCUCAGCUCUGUCUAGUAAUAAGCAAACCAUCAUGAAUGACCCAACCUUGUGUGAAGUUUUUUGCGGGGAGAAAAACGACGUCCUCAAAGAAAAUGAAACUGUUAAAUUUACCAAGCUCGCGGAAACCUAUAGGAAAAUAGCCGAAGAGGGUCCUGAUGCUUUUUACAAGGGAGAAUUGGCUCAGAAGCUUGUGGCAGAUAUCCAGGCAGCAGGCGGCAUCAUCACAAUGGAGGAUCUGCAAGAUUAUACGCCUGUCUUGGAUGAGAACCCUUUAAGGGUGAACGUGGGGGAGUACACCAUGGUUGUUCCCAAUGCCCCCGCUAGCGGCCCUGUGCUCUCGCUGAUAUUAAACAUCUUGAGUGGCUACAACUUCACCUCAGAUAGCGUGGCAAGCACUGAGAAAAAGAUCCUAACCUACCACCGCAUGGUGGAGGCGUAUCGUUUCGCUUACGCAAAGAGAACCAUGCUCGGAGAUCGGAGGUUUCUCAACAUCACAGAUCUCAUCCAGAAUAUGACUUCACAUUUGUAUGCCGAUGCCCUCCGUAAAAAGAUUACUGAUGAAACCACACAUCACAUGAACUACUACGAGCCGGAGUUUUAUCUGCCUGAAAACUACGGGACCUCGCACCUCUCAGUAGUAGCUGAAGAUGGAAGUGCUGUGGCUGCCACCAGCACUAUCAACCGAUAUUUGGGCUCCAAAGUUAUGUCAGCAUCAACAGGGAUCAUUCUCAACAAUCAGAUGGACGACUUCAGCUCGCCUGACAUCACAAACAGCUUUGGUGUGCCUCCUUCACCGAACAACUUCAUCAGGCCAGGGAAACGGCCAAUGUCUUCAAUGUGUCCAACAAUCCUUUUUGACAAAAGCAACAAAGUGAAGAUGGUGGUCGGAGCUUCAGGAGGAACACAAAUUACCACCUCGGUGGCUCAGGUGAUUCUAAACACCCUGUUCUUCAACUAUGAUCUGAAAGAAGCUGUGUUAGAUCCAAGGGUCCACAACCAGCUGAGUCCUAACGUCACUGUAGCGGAGCCUGGAUUUGACAAAGAUGUCCUGGACGGUUUGGCGAAGAAGAACCAUGAAACAGAACUCCUCACAUCGACGGGAGCCGUUGUGCAGGGAGUGCUGCGUCAUGAUGACAAGCUGUAUGCUCAGUCCGAUCCUCGCAAGGGGGGGUAUGCAGCAGGAUACUGAAGUCAUAAACACACCUAUGAUUAUGCAAAGAUACUCUAGUUUUGUGAACCUUGACACCAGUGGGAUAACCUCAAAGAUUAUAAAGUUAAUAAAGAUUCAGCAAACAUGG